UGCCACCUGUCGGUGUCCAUCAGUACCAGGUGUCAGUGCUGAACAGUGCCACGUGCCAGUGCCCAUCAGUGCCACAUCAAUGCCACAUAUCAGUGCCUACCAGUGCACAUCAAUGUCAGUGCCCAUUUUAGCUGCCUUUCAGUGUCACCCAUCAUUGCCAGUCAGUGCCACCUAUCAAUGCCAAUCAGUGCCACCUAUCAAUGCUGCCAAUCAGUGCCACCUAUCAGUGCCAGUCAGUGCCACCUAACAGUGCCAGUCAUCAGUGCCACCUAACAGUGCCAUAUAUCAGUGCUGCCUUUCAGUGCCCAUCAGUGAUGCCU